AUGUGUCACGACAGCACGGUGUUGCAUGUUCUGUCCCUUGCUCCGAGUACCUUCCAGACUGGCGCAUCUCAAAUACAAUCGCAACCACCCGAAGAGAAAGAAAUUUCAACCACAUCAGGGAGUUAUCCAUUCAUGGCCUCUGUUAGCGAUCCAGGUUACAUUAGUCCCCGGUCCGCGAUGAUUCACCCUGCACACGCCAUAGAUAUCUGA